CAACAAACCAUGCUUGUUGUAUUGUAUGAGUUUGGGGUUUGGGGUUAUUCAAAUCAUGCCUUUAUAGUAUUAAUUUGAAGUGACUAUUCGUUUUAAAUUAUUUAUUUUAUUCCAGUUAUUUAUUUGAGCUUAAUUCUGGCGUUUUAGCCUGUGUUGUCAUCAUAAUUUUAGAAAAUCUUUAAUAAUUAAUUAUUUUUAGAGAUAUCGUUGGUUAAGUUUGGAAUUUAAGGUUAUAAAUAUAAAAUAUAAUCAAUAUCGUUUUAUUUGAGUAUUUUAGAAUUAGGAAAAUGAAAAUUAAGAAUUCUAAAAGUGUUAAAAUAAAUCAAGGAAAAUGAAAAUUAAGAAUUCUAAAAGUGUUAAAAUAAAUCAAUUAGUAUCUUCACCGAUUUUGAAAUUCAAGAAAAGAAAAUAUAAAGUGGCAACUAAAAAGAAGUUGAAGAGAUUAGUUAAAGAUAAAGUCCCAAAUCAAAGAUGGGAAAUAACAAAUAGUGUUGAAGGUACAGCAGAAUAUAAGGAAGAAAACAAACCUAUAGCUGUUAGUAGUUCUACAAAUAAAGGACAUAGGCCCAAGAUAAAAUUUCACAAAGUAAGUACUUCAAAAACAGAUUUAGAAAAUUGUGAAUCCAAUUUACUUGGUCAAGUGUCAAUUGUUAAAAUGUCAUCAGUCAGUAAGGUUGAUAAUGUGUGGAGAACUGAAUUUUAUAAUAAACACAAUAACAAUUCUGUUAUUCCUCUUAAAAGUCUAAUGUUCGGCGCUGAAAAAGAUACCUCUAGUCUCACUGAGGAUAAUGGUUUAAACCACAACAAUGCAACCAGGAGUACAGUAUCGUCAGUAAAUCCAGAGGAAGUUCAACCUUUAAAUAGUAAUGAAAAAUUACCAACAAAUAAAGUUACAACUUUUGACAAUGAGACAAGUUCUCAUAAACGCAAUGUGAAAGAAUACUCACUUGAAGUAAACUCUAUAAACAAGAAAAAUACUGUAGCAAACAUUUACGAACUCAAUGGGUUUAGGUUUCUUGUUGUCAUCGAGCCAGAGUGUUAUUUUUAUAUUCUUGGCAUUAUCGAGUUAGAAUUGUUGAAAGGAAGUCUUGAAAUUUUAGGUUAUAAAUUUGAUACAAAAAUAAAAAAGCGAGUUAUAUUCUCUCCACAAGGAUCAUGUCACUUAUGUAUAAAAUCAAAAAAGUAUAGUGAAUCAUUUCCUCAAAAUACACAAAACUUGUCAUUUGAUCAGUUAAUCCAAUUAGGUUUAUCAGAAGAAAAGUCAAGACAAGUGUUGAGACAAUCUGAAACAUGUACACUUAUUGUUAUUAAUAGAAACAGAACUUAUUUAAGUUCCUCUGUUUGGCCUAAUUUUUUCGAAAAUCACCACUCUUUCUCCAUUUUUCCUCCUGACGAUUUGCUGAACGAUGAAGAAAGGCCUUGCCAUAAUGUUGAACUGAAAGUUGAUUGCAUAUUUGAAGCAAAUUUGAAUAGAAUUGGAUUAAAGCAAUUCAUAGAAGUUUCAGAAUGGUCUGUAGCAGUUGAGAAUAUUACAUUAAAUGAUUGUCCAAAGUCAAUCCUCUGCGGAGGUAAAUCUGUUGGGAAGUCAACUUUGCUACGUUAUCUGAUCAACAAGUGUUUACAAAAAUGGAGUGGUGUGUUGGUUCUUGAUUUUGACCCGGGCCAGUGUGAAUUUACAAUUGGAGGUUGUAUUUCAGCAGUGUUAGUGGAGGAUCCUGUUUUUGGUCCCAACUACACGCAUUUAAAACAACCAUUGAGGUCUGUGUUUCUAGGAGAGAUAGAUGUGACCAAAUGUCCCGAGAACUACAUUGAAGGUUGCAAAUCACUGAUUCAUUUUGCAAGAGAAAACUACAGUAAUAUUCCAUGGCUAAUCAAUACAAUGGGAUUUACAAAAGGUUUUGGUGUGAAGUUGAUAUGUGACAUUAUUAAAAACGUUAAACCAACACAUGUGAUUGAAAUUGAGAGUAAAAAAAGGAACUUAAACUUUCCAAUGAGGUUGGACCCUGGAUUUGUGCACAGUCAAAAUUUUGGUAACUGUGCUACCCCUCUAGACUACAAGUUCUUUAUAGUAGGGUCAGGAGCUGAGGAAAAAGGAAAUAACUCACCAAAAGCAAGAGGCAUGAGUCCAGCAGAAGCAAGAAACUUGGUGAUACUUGCAUAUUUUAGUGAGGUGUUGAGUCCUGAAAUGUUACGUCUGACACAAGCUACGCCAUAUAUGAUAAAUAUGGACCAGAUAAACCUAAAAAUCACCAACAAAUACAACUUCACAAAAGCUCAGUUGUGUGCAACAAUGAAUGGCAAUUUGGUUGCACUUUGUAUUAUGAAUGAAGGCGACAAAUUUCCUCACUGCCCUGGAUUCGGAAUCGUUCGAGGAAUAGACUACCAUACUAGUACUAUCUAUCUGAUAACCCCCAUGCCGAGGGACGUGUUGAAACAAAUCAACUGCAUAGUGAAAGGUAACAUUUGUCUUCCUGAGUCAUUGCACUUCAGUCAAGUAAAUGAAGCUGUUGGCCCUAUUCCUUUCUUGGCACAUACUUCUGGUAAACCCACUUCAAGAUUUGCUAAACGAGAUUUCAGAAAACUUCCAGUGUCAUAAAGGCAGUAACAGAAAUGAUCUAAGUAUAAGGAUAUGAAGUGUUUAUAACUAUUUUUAUUGUUAAAAAUAGUCUAAUUUAGUUUUAAUUUAUCAUAAGUUUUUAUUUUAUUGUAAUAAACUGUUUUUAUACAAUUACGUA